AUGACUAGUCUUAUUAAAAACCAGAUUAUCAAGCAUUUGUCCAAGUUUGCUCGCAACAUUGCAGCAGAUCAAAUUGACGUUAAAAUUUUGAGCGGAAAGGGUGAGCUGAAGAAUAUUGAGAUUAAUGAAGUUGUUCUCACGGAGGUGUUGGAGUUACCGACAUGGCUUCGUAUCCGAAAAGCUUUUUGCAACAGAGUGGCGGUUAGAGUGCCGUGGACGAGAUUGAGGUCUUCGCCAAUACAAUUGUUUAUCGAUGAAAUCAAUGUUGAAGUAGAGUUAACUUCUGAGCCGCUCGUGUCUGAUGGUUCUAAUCCAUUAAGUUCUUUUUCUGACAAUUCCUAUGGCUUUGCUAACCGUGUUGUUGAGGGGAUGUCGCUUUACAUAAACACGGUCGAAGUUCAUUUUGAUUCUGGUGCAUUUGGCGGUUGUUUCAUGGCCUUUGCACGUCCUGAAAAUUCACAACGAACGAAUAUUAGUGCACCCUUGAGGCUUAUCACGAGUAGUGGCAAAACGCGGAUAACCAUUAAGAAAUCUACAGUUGACGGUACUGUCCUUGGUGGUCGUCUUCAAACCAUAUUAGAUGACAUAUUAUGGGUAGCUACUCUUCCGCAAGUGCGCUCUGCGAUUGCAUUUUAUAGUCAUAUAAUGAAUCUUGUAAAAGCGGCUCCUAAGAAAGCGAAGACUGGCAUAUCUCAGUCUUUACCGAAACCGUCGUUGAGUAACAUGCUUUCCGCGACUACCAGCAUGGCUUCGAAAGCGUUUAGGAAUUUUGAUUUUGAGCAAACUUCUCUACACCUUUAUGUUGGUAAAAUUGAUAUGCACUUGUGCGAUGAUACAAACGCAUCUUCUGAAUUUCCUCCUGACUUUGAUAUAGAGAAUGGUGCAUUACAAGUAACUUUUAUAAGAUUGUCUAUUGACUUCUAUCCUUCAAAUAUUGCGGGUUCAGAACGUUCAAGUUGGGUCCGCUACACAGCCCCCAACCAAUGUUCAACAUGGAAUCAGAAAAUUUUGCAAGCUCAUUUUGUAAAGUUGUGUUCUCGUUUAGCACAAAUUUUUUAUAUUUUUUUCUCAACUUUUAUUCAGAACAACAUCAUUUCAAGGCACUUCAGUUUGAAACCGUUCUGUUCAGAGUUAAACGCGCAACAUCGUUUAAAAAGGAUUUGGCCUCAACUGCAGUCAAAGAAUUGUGUCAUACGAAUUCAUGAUGUUGUAGUUCAGUGCGUGACAGAUAUGAAUUCAAAGCGCGAAGGGCUUUUCAAUCUGUUCAUGUCGGAUAGGAAAUCCAAAGCAUCAUUGCCUUCUGACCAGCCACUCGUUCAUUUGGAACUAGCUUCAUUCUAUCAUCCAGCUACUGAAGCUAUGCCAUUACCCUCUAAUACAGUUCACCUUCUCCUUGCGCCGUUUGUUUUCUUGUUAGAUCAGAGGACAGUUCGAUGGGCAGCCUUCAUUUUUCAGGACAUAAGCACCGCUGUGAAAAGGACUGGAGCAACUUUCGACGUGAAAGAUAUGCCAGAAAGUGAUAUUAGAGUCGAUUUUCUAAUGCCUAAGGUAAUCAUUCCUCUGACUGCUUGUAAAACUGGAGAUUAUCGAUAUCCGCGCAGGUUAAUAAUUAGCAUGAGCACCGUACUGAUGACUAAUUGUGGUUCAUUACAUUCCCAGGACUCUUCGUCCUUUUUCAAAUCAAUAUCCUCUAAUUUGCUUGAUCUUGUUGAGCAAGUCCAGCUGUCUUUCGAUGUUGAGCAUUUCCGAAAAUUUAUCAUACAGCUUAAUGACACUAUGGUAGAGUCAGAACCUGGGGAAGAGAGGUUUUGGAUAAGCACCUCACCUGUUUGGAUUGACACCGAUUAUGGGGAUGGUACCAAAACUGCUCCUGUUCUUGGAGACGUUGCAUUUCACGCUGUCGUGAUGCUGUCUCCAAAUCAGAUAAAUGUGGCUAUACAACCUCAGUGUCGAGUUCGAGUUUUCUUGGACCAUUUUCAACUUGUUCAGCUUACGAGAUUAUUUAGUGCUCUUUCACUUUUUGUGGAACAGCUUGAGGCUGAUAGGAAGUUUUUUACUGGCCAAGUGACCAAUGGGGAUGCAACACCCCUGGCACUGGUGGCAAUCAUUGAACAAAUCCAAGUAAAUUUGCUUCUUCCAUGUACACCUAUUCAAAACCCUUAUGACAAUUCUAUCCGUCCUCCAGCAGACUGUACUACAUCGUCAAUAGGUAUGUAUUUUGUAUGA